ACGUGACGCCGUGUAGAACCAAAAUGGCCGCCGUUGUAUUUUGACGUAUGAUAGCUAGCUACUUUUCUUUUUGUUUCAUUCUUGGUAGAAAUCUAACAAAACGAGAGACUUUUCGGGGGACUCGUACCUCGCCAGCCUCCGCAUAACGGCGUCGUAGUUUUUAUCUUGAAGACAAUCAAGACUGACGCGUAUUUGUUGAACGACCGAGUUAGACUAUGCAUAUUUAGUUCCACUACAAAGCUAGCUGGCUGGCUCUGGCUGGCUCAUUAAGGCAGUGUAAAGUGAAAUAGCUAGCCAACUUAGCUGUGAUGAUGGAGGAGUUGAGCGCAGACGAGAUUCGCAGAAGGAGACUGGCACGACUGGCAGGGGGGCAGACGUCACAGCCCAACACCCCUCUGAGCACACCCCUGACCUCCCCGCAGAGAGAGACUCCACCUGGACCCCUCCCUGGACCCUCAGGUGCUGCACCCCAACCCGUGCCACCAGCUGCCUCUCAAUCAUUGGGGCUCAAUGUCCACAGUGGCACCCCUGCCACAUCCCCUAUGGGCACCUCUGGGGUGGCAUACGGUAGUCAGAGCAGCGAGGGUGUGAGCUCCCUCUCCAGCUCUCCCUCCAACAGCCUUGAGACUCAGUCCCAGAGUCUGUCCCGAUCGCAGAGCAUGGACAUUGACCCUGCCUCCUGUGAAAAGAGCAUGUCCCAGGUGGAUGUGGACUCAGGGAUAGAGAACAUGGAGGUGGAGGACAGUGACCGCAGGGAGAAGAGGAACUUGACUGAAAAGGAAACCUCUGCAAACUCAGAUGUCUCUGAAGAACAAGCUCUGCAGCUCAUUUGUAAGAUCCUCCGCGUAUCGUGGAAGGAGCAGGAUAGAGAUGUCAUCUUUCUCCCUUCGUUGGCUGCAGAGUUCCACCAGAACCCGAGAGAUGUAUACUCUGACUUUAAAGACCUCAUCGGCCAGAUCCUGAUGGAAGUCUUAAUGAUGUCCACCCAGUCGCGUGUCCACAACCCCUUCGCCAGCUUGACCGCCACCUCACAGCCAAUUGCAGCAGCCAAAUCCCCUGACCACCGUCUGACGCUGGUGCAGCCCUCCAGCCAAGGUGGCAGCCCAAUGGGCCCCAGUGCUGGGUCUUUUGGAGCCAGCUCUCUGUCUAGUCUGUAUGGGUGUGGUAGUCCUCACCCAAUGGCUUUGGAUGCACCCAAGAUGACUUCCCCAUCAGUCCCCACCCCUACUACAUCCAGUGUAGUUCCUACUACGCCCUCUACCCCGCAGUUUGUAGUUCCCCCGAGCCCGCCCGCUACUUCCACUCCGAGGCACACCCUCAACCCUCCGUCUGCCCCCAUGCCCAUCUCCCAGAGGUAUCGGCCUUACUCCGUUACCACUCCUUCCCCUUCAAGCCCAGGUAAUAGAGGGUUUAGUUUCCCCGGACCCUCUCCCAGCCCCGCGGGGCCCUUUGCUCCCCCCAACACCCCAGUUCCCGUGCCACCACCUAGCCCCCAUUCCCUAACACUGAGCUCACCUAGGACUCGCAGCCAGUCUUCGUCCACAGCCCCUCCUAUGGUGCCUCCUUCUCCCAGAUUGAAUCCCCGACAGGCUGCCUUUGCUACCAGGAUCCCUCCUUCUAGCCCCUUCUCGUACCUGUUCUUUGCCCUCUCUGACAUGUCUCAGGACAGCAGUGACGAAGAAACUGAGGAGGAGGAGGAGGAGGAGGAGGAGGAGGAUUUUGCACAGGUUCAGUUUGGGUCCAGUCUCGGUGCAUGUGGAGGGGCGAUGUCCUGCGACUCCGCCAGCGACCGCUUCACCAUUGAAACGUGCAAAGAGACAGAGAUGCUGAACUACCUCAUCGAGCGUUUUGACAGUGUUGGCAUGGAGGAGAGGAAAGCGCCCAAGAUGUGCAGCCAACCAAAUGUCAGCCAGCUUCUCAGUAACAUUCGUUCUCAGUGUAUUUCCCACGUUGCCCUGGUCCUGCAAGGCACCCUGACCCAGCCUCGGAGUCCUCUCCAACAGUCUCUGCUGGUACCUUACAUGCUGUGUCGGAACCUCCCGUAUGGCUUUAUUCAGGAGCUGGUGCGCAUCACUCACCAGGAGGAAGAAGUUUUCAAACAGAUCUUCAUUCCCAUCCUCCAUGGAUUGGCUUUGGCAGUGAAAGAAUGUUCCUUUGACAGUGACAACUUUAAGUUCCCCCUCAUGGCAUUAGCUGAGCUUUGUGAAAUUAAGUUUGGAAGGACUCAUCCCGUCUGCAAUUUGGCAACGUCGCUGCCUCUAUGGUGUCCAAAACCUCUGAGCCCUGGUUGUGGCCGAGAGAUCCAGAGACUGUCCUACCUGGGAGCCUUCUUCAGCCUCUCUGUGUUUGCGGAGGAUGAUACCAAAGUAGGAGACAAGUAUUUCUCUGGCCCAGCCAUCACCAUGGAGAACACGCGAGUAGUCAGCCAAUCACUGCAGCACUACCUGGAGUCAGCAAGGGGUGACCUCUUCAAAGUUCUCCACAACAUUUUACUAAAUGGAGAAACACGCGAGUUGGCUCUUAAUUACAUGGCAGCUCUAGUUAACUACAAUGUGAAGAAAGCCCAGAUGCAGACGGACGAUAAGCUGGUGUCGACAGACGGCUUCAUGCUAAACUUCUUAUGGGUGCUGCAGCAGCUCAGCAUGAAGAUCAAGCUGGAGACGGUGGACCCCUACUACAUUUUCCACCCACGGUGUCGCCUCAACGUCAGCCUGGAGGAGACUCGACUGAAAGCCACCAUGGAGGAGCUCAAGAGCUGGCUGGGUGACCUGCACGAAGACCCCACCAAGUUCUCAGAACCCAAGUUCCCCACCGAGUGUUUCUUCUUGACGCUUCACACUCACCAUUUGUCCAUCCUGCCCGGCUGUCGGCGCUACAUCCGCAGGUUGCGUGCUAUCCGUGAACUCAACAGGACUGUAGAGGAGCUCAAAAACAGCGAGAGCCAAUGGAAAGAUUCUCCCCUGGCCAGUCGGCACAGAGAGAUGCUCAAACGGUGCAAAACCCAGCUCAAGAAACUGGUGCGAGCCAAAGCUUGCGCUGACGUGGGCCUUCUGGAUGAGAACCUGCUGCGCAGAUGUCUGCAGUUUUACAGCACAGUCAUUCAGCUCAUCCUUCGCAUGGUGGACCCUGCCUACCCCAACAUUACCCUGCCGCUGAACCCGGAGAUUCCCAAAAGCUUUGCUGCUCUGCCUGAGUUUUACAUUGAAGAUGUGGCAGAGUUCCUGCUUUUUGUUGUUCAGUACUCUCCCCAGGUUUUAUACGAGCCGUGUGUUCAGGACAUUGUCACCUUCUUGGUGGUGUUCAUCUGCAGUCAGAACUACAUCAGGAACCCGUACCUCAUCGCCAAGUUGGUGGAGGUGCUGUUUGUCACCAACCCAGCUGUACAGCCUCGCACUCAGCGAUUCUCUGAAAUGAUGGAGAACCACCCGUUGUCUGUCAAACAGCUGGUCCCGGCCCUCAUGAAGUUUUACACUGAUGUUGAGCAUACCGGUGCUACCAGUGAGUUCUACGACAAGUUCACCAUACGGUACCAUAUCAGCACUAUCUUCAAGAGUCUCUGGCAGAACAUUGCCCACCAUGGUACCUUCAUGGAGGAGUUCAAUUCUGGCAAACAGUUUGUGCGCUACAUCAACAUGCUGAUUAAUGACACCACCUUCCUGUUGGAUGAGUCUCUCGAGUCCCUGAAGCGUAUCCACGAAGUUCAAGAGGAGAUGAAGAAUAAGGAGCAGUGGGAUCAGCUGCCCAGGGAGCAGCAGCAGAGCCGCCAGUCCCAGCUGACUCAGGAUGAGCGGGUGUCUCGCUCCUAUCUGGCCCUGGCUACAGAAACCGUUGAAAUGUUCCACAUCCUCACCAAGCAAGUCCAGAAGCCUUUCCUUAGGCCUGAGCUGGGCCCUCGUUUAGCUGCCAUGCUGAACUUUAACCUCCAGCAGCUCUGCGGGCCCAAGUGUCGGGAUCUGAAGGUGGAGAACCCCGAGAAGUACGGCUUUGAGCCCAAGAAACUCUUAGACCAGCUGACCGACAUCUACCUGCAGCUAGACUGCGCUCGCUUCGCUAAAGCAAUUGCAGACGACCAGAGAUCAUACAGCCGUGCACUCUUCGAAGAGGUGAUCUCAAAGAUGAGGAAGGCUGGCAUUAAGUCCUCCAUCGCCAUUGAGAAAUUCAAGCUGCUAUCGGAGAAGGUGGAGGAAAUAGUUGCCAAGAACUCCCAGUCUGAAAUGGACUACAGUGACGCGCCUGAUGAGUUUAAAGACCCUCUGAUGGACACGCUGAUGACUGACCCUGUGAUACUGCCUUCGGGGAACAUCAUGGACAGAUCCAUCAUCUUGCGCCACCUGCUCAACUCCCCCACUGAUCCCUUCAACAGGCAGCCCCUCACAGAGAGCAUGCUGGAGUCAGUGCCUGAGCUGAAGGAGAGGAUCCAUACCUGGAUGAGGGAGAAACAGGGUGGGCGGCCCAUCUAAGAACCACCGACGUGUGGCCUGCGAAUCAUCAUUAAGGGAUCUGUCCACAUCGCCUCAAUUCAGUUGUCACUUCUACCAAUGAGAACAAAAGAAAAGAAAAACAUUUUGAAUGGAGAGAAAAAGAAAAAAGGAGACCUUAUUUGAUUUUUAUUUGCAUUUACCCCUUUUUGUCUCAAACCAUUAUCAUGGUUCUAAAAAAAACAAAACAUAAUAAAGUUAAGACUUUUAAGUUCUUUCUCAUGAGUUUGUGUAUAUAUAUAUCCAAAUAUAUACAUAUAUUUAACAAGAAUUAGUUAAUGCAUUCUAAUGCUGCAACAGUGGGUUUUCCACCACCAACAGGUUUACCAGCGAGGUGCGUACAGUCACUUCAUUGAUCACCCUCCUUUACGGUUCUCAUUUUGUUUUGUAAUAUUGUGUAUGUUGGCUUCAUUAAAGACUCACUGGAGCGAGAGUGGAGGGGCAAAACAUUUGGGAGUUUGGGCGGGGUUCUGACAAAGCUUUCAGCCUUCGGUUGUCUUUACCACAACGAUGAUGAGUCCACAUAGUGUACGCUGGUUUCCCAGAGCUAACUUAUGCACACUUUGUGCUUGUAGAUGGUUCAGAGCUGGGAAUAUGUAUUAAGGAUGUAGCUUAACGUAAACUAAUCCUAAAUGUCGGCUUCCUUUUGAGUACAGUAGGAAGAUAAGCAGUGGCACAGUAUGUUCAAAUCCUCCUCUUCUAGACACAUUUUCCCCACCGCUGACUUUGAUAGACUGAAUUUACUUGUGUGUGUGUGUGUGUGUGUGUGUGCGCGCGUGUGUGUGCAUGGCCUCAAGUCCAGAACCUCCUAAGCGCCUCAUGGACAAGUAACCCUAUUUUUAGGCAAAGUGGAAAGAACGUGAAAGAAUGUAGCAUGAUCACCAGAAACAACCAUCUUAGGAGCACACCAUUAAAAGUCACCUCACCUCAAGACGAUCUCUUUCAACUGGCACUGUACCUAACUUGACCCUGCUGACCUUAACUGUACAGGAAAUGAUUUCCUUUAACCACAUACCUGUUUUGGAAGCUAGGAUUUUGAACUGAAAUAAAUGAUGAUGCACAUUA